AUGCACAAACAAGCUAAAGAAGAAAGAGAGGAGGAAAAAGAUGGGGAUCAAGUUGCCAUGGUAGUGGGUAUGCUCCAUCAAUCAAGCCAAGGCCACUAUGGUGCACAAGUCGGCCAUGGCCCGAACGUGGACAGACGUAGGCAUUCUCGAGCAAAAACUUAUAGCUUCUUUAUGGAUGCUAGCGUUUAG